AUGCCUCGAGGCGGAGGGCGGAGAGGCGACUCUUCAGCUGAGCCGGAAGCUCUCCAUGAGCUCGGCGUUCGAGGCCGGAAAACCGGCGCUUUCUUGAAGGACACGGGCGAGCGCGAUGAGCAUGGCAUGCAGCCUCUGGAUGCCAUUUUCUCGUCGCCCGCAGUCACUCGCAGGGAUGAAUCCGGAAGCGAGGACAUGGAGAUAUCAUCAAGUGCUGGACCAGGACCGAGAACAGUCCUCAAGAACCGGCGCAGCAUCGAAAUUGCAAACGAACGAUCAUCCUCUCCCACGCGCAAUCCUAGCGCCGAAAAGGCAGCCCGAAGGCUUAACUUUGCCAGCAAGGCCGGAAACAAGGCAGCGAAGACGAAUGGGAAACAAAAGGCGACAGCGCUAAACGGCUUUUCACGGCACGGAGACGAUUCGGAAUCGGAGGAGCUGGACGAUGUCAUGGGCGCGACCGGGAACGGGGCGGAGGAAUCUCUACUGAUGGUCGAUUCGAUGCCAAACGAUUCGCCGAGGCCCAAGACAAAAGCUGCGCAGAGACAAUAUGGCGAUUCAUCGCCGCAGAAGAAGCGCGGGAAGCAGACCAAGGCGGCAGCGCAGGCAAAGCCUAAAGCAGCUCCUCGAGCUCCCGUAAGAGAGCCUUCAGAAGAGCUAGAUGCUGAAGAGCCAGAAGAGGAGCCCGAAGAAGAAGAAUUGGCGCAAGAGGAAGAGGAAGAAGAGGAGGAGGAGGAGGAGUUGCCGAGUGUCAAGCAAAAGGGGCGGUCAAACAAGGAAUCGAAACGCCGCGUGGAAGCACCAUCAUCAUCUCAGACGUCGAAGAAGCGAGGACCGCCGCGAAAGUCUCUCCGUGAAGAUACGCCAGAAGAAGCACAAGAGCAGUCAGAGGAAGAGCAGCAGGAGGAGGAUAAAGACGAAGAAGAGCUUGUGCCCCGGAAGAAACAGAAAACUACCGCACCCUCAAAAGCCCAGUCGAAGUCAAAGCCUUUGAAUAAGGGGAAAGGCCCUGCUCGUAGUGGAAUUGUUGUGCCGGUAGCAGCGAGCAAGGCAAAGGCCAAACCCAAGAAUAAAGCUGAAUCCCAACCCAAGACUAAAGGCCGGCCUGGGAGGAAGCCCAAGGACGCGGAUGCCGAGGAUGGGGAUGUGGGAGAGACGUCGUUUGCGGCGCUGCAGCGUGGUCCACCUAUGCCAAAAUCUCGUGGGUUGGUAUCUAUGCGCAAGGACUUGGACAGCAUAACGCAGACGAGAUCCGGGCGACAUUCUUACCGGCCUAUCCAGUAUUGGAGAGGCGAGCAGGUGGUCCGGGAGGAUGAGGAGCAAGCUGAUAUGUUUGCCAAGGAUCGAUUCGUCAUGCCGAGCAUCAAGGAAGUUGUGCGUGUGCCUGAGGAGGAGGUGUCCAGCAGAGCGGCUCCAUCACGAGGCAAAGGGCGGCCCAAACCGAAGAAGCCCGUGGUGGAAGAAGAUUAUGAAGCAUGGGAGGUCAAACCAGGUACUGUCGAGGGCGAAAUCGUGAUAUGGGAGACGGAACAUGAAGAACACCCCCCAGCAGACGACGAGCCUGUCCAGGUAACGGACGAGCGCAUCGCCCUAUCGGCCCUGGCAGUGCAGACAUCGGAGAUUCGCGAUGCGACGUUCCGCUUCGCAAAGACGCUGACGAUGCCGUUUAUGGGUGCCGGUGUAGUUGACCUACCUCCUGGUGGCGAGAAGCGGCCCAAGAAUUCACGGAAGAUGCACAUGGUCUUUUUCGUGCACACGGGAAAAGUCAUGGUGACGAUCAACGAGGCGCAGUUUCGCAUAUCCGCGGGCGGUAUGUGGUUUGUGCCCAGAGGCAACUAUUACAGCAUCACAAACGACUACGAUAAUCCCAGUCGAGUCUUUUUCUGCCAAGCCUGCGAGAUAUCACCCGCGCAAUAUGAAGCUUCGCAGAUGAGCAUCGCAGCAUAA